AUGCCACACAUGAUGGUCAUGGCAUCGGCACAGUCCCAGUCGGACAAUAUUUCUUACCAGUAUGCACUGCUUCAACUUCUACCAGCAGGGGAGCAGAUCUCAUCUGUAGUGUGUGGAAGCGCCACGCUGAACACCCGCGUUGGAGGAAACAGCUCCCUCGCCUCUUCCGGUGUUUGGCCUUGGAUGGCAAGCCUGCAGUUUAACGGCAGUCAUGUUUGUGGAGGAACACUGAUUGCUCAACGCUUCGUCUUGAGCUCUGCCAGCUGCUUUACCAGAUCCACCAAUGCCUCUGACUGGACCGUGAUCCUGGGACGUCUGAAUCAGAACGGCUCCAACCCCAAUGAAGUCUCUACACUAAAUUUUUUACAGUGUAUAAAAGUGGCCAAUCUCACACUCAGCAAUGGUACAGGUGACAACGUUGCAGUAUUGCAGCUGGCUGUGGCACCAAACCUCACAAAUUUCAUUCAGCCUAUAUGUGUGGACAUGGGAGGCAAUACCUUCAGCGCUAACACUCAGUGCUGGGUGGCAGGAUGGGGCUCAGGAGCAGGAGGAGUGAUUCAAACUCUUCAGGAGUACCAGACCUCGGUUGUGAGUUGUGGAAACUCAUCCUCAGACAACAGUAUUUGUACAAGUUCCUUAAACUUACAGCAGGGUGAUCAGGGCGGUCCGCUGAUGUGUAAGCUGGGUCAGUCGUGGAUCCAUGCUGCUGUUUUGACCAUACCAACACUGACCAACAGCACCGCAUCCCGCUCUGCUCGCGCUCAAGAUGUCCAGGUCUUCACUAAAACCUCCAGCUUUGCCUCAUUUCUGACAUCUGUUGUGGGUUCCCUCCCUUUAAAAGCCACAAACUCCACAAGUUCAACAACAAGCGCAGCAAACAACUCAAAUCUGGGACCCUCUAAUGGGUCACAAAUAUCAUCUCCCUUCUGUUUCACUGUUUCAAUCCUCUUACCUGCACUUACAGCUCUUAAAAUCGAGUAG